AUGGCAACAGAACAACAAAAACAACCAGAAAUUAUUACACUUUCAGCUGAUAAAUCACAAGUUACUGAAGUUCAAAGUCUUUGUGUAAAUUGUUACAAACAAGGAACAACACGACUAAUGUUAACAGAAAUCCCAUAUUUUAGAGAUAUUCUUCUUGCACAUUUUCAAUGUCCAUAUUGUCAUUACGAAAAUACAGAAGUUGAACAAACAUCACCAAUUCAAGACCAUGGAAUGAAAUUUACUCUUAAAGUAGAAAAUAUUAAAGACCUUUCAAGACAAAUAGUUAAGUCUGAUCAUUGUUCAAUUAAUUUCCCAUCAAUUGGAUUUGAAAUUCCAUCAACAGCUCAAUCAAGCAGUUUAAAUACAUUAGAAGGAUUUAUCGAAAAUUCAAUUGAAGCAAUGAACUCGAUUCUUGUUCAACUUAUUCCAACAGGAGAUGAUUAUAAAAAAAUUAAUUCGAUUGUGGAAUCAUUAAAUAAAAUGAAAAAAGUAGAAGAGCCAUAUAUAGUAGAAAUUGAUGACCCUUCAGGAAAUUCUUUUGUUCAAAAUCUUUGUGUACCAAAAGAAGACCCACAAAUUAAUACUGUUGUUUAUAUUAGAAACUUUGAACAAAAUAAGGCCAUUGGUUUAAUUGCUGAAAACCAAACUGAAAUUACACCAGCUGAUAUUGACUAUGAUGAUAAAACUUCACGUCAACUUGUUCCUGAGCAUAAAAAUACUGCUGCGACAAGAACUGGAUUACCUGAUGCUAUAGAUCAAUCUACCAUCCCAUCAUCAAAUAAUGAUAUAGCAGAAUUAGAUGAAAUGUGUCAAUCAUGUGGGCAUAUGGCAAAAGUAAGAAUGUUAAUUACUCAAAUUCCUUAUUUCAAAGAAGUAACUAUCAUGGCAUUUUCUUGUGACACUUGUGGAUAUAGAUCAAAUGAAGUAAAAUGUGGUGGUCCAGUUUCACCUAAAGCAAAAAAAUUAAUCUUUAAACCAAAAGACGUUGAUGACCUUUCAAGAAGUUUCUUAAAGUCUGAUACUGCUUCAGUUGAAAUUCCUGAAAUUGGAAUUGAAUUGCAACCAGGAACAUUAGGAAGUAAAUUCACUACUGUUGAAGGUUUUAUUAAAGACUUAGCUGAUAACUUUGAAAAUAUGCCAUUUUUACAUGGAGACUCAGCUGAAAAAGAUCAAGAAGAUAAAGUUGAUGCUCUUAUUGAUAACUUAAAAAAAAUGAGAAAAAUGGAACUACCUUUUACUCUUAUAGUUGAUGACCCUAUGGCUAAUUCAUAUAUUCAAGACCCAUACUAUCCUGAAAAAGAUCCAUGUUGUGAAGAAUUUGACUAUGAACGUACAAAUGAACAAAAUGAUGAUUUAGGAUUGAAUGAUAUGGUCGUUGACUAA